AAUAACAAUUUCCCUCAGACUUGCCCCCUCAUUGUCGAGCCCGCUAUAAAAACCUGUCGCCAUGCCCAAGGUUGCAAUAGGCCGUCAGUACUGAUUUGGAAUAACAAGCCGAGUUGUGAGUGACACUUCCUCUGCUCUGUGCUGCGCUCUCGCUCUCGGACAAGUUGUGCACAUUGAAGUGAAGACCAUGGACUCCGAUACCAGUCGAGUGUCCAGCAGGCCAUCUUCCCCAGAGGUGGAAGAUAUUUUUAUGUCUACAGUGAGAAAGACAGGUGGCUUCUCGGGCGCCGUCUCCUCCACGCAAAGCGACUCUCCACCGGAGCUGAGCACUGACCUGCGGAGUCUUUCCAGCAAUGAUGAGGACGGGCUCACUCUGAAAAUGCUUUCAAAGAAGGACCGAAAGCUUCUAUCAGAGAACGAACUUCAGUCGAUGAGGUUGAAGAUCAACAGUCGGGAGAGGAAGAGGAUGCACGAUCUUAAUAUCGCAAUGGACGGGUUACGAGAAGUGAUGCCCUACGCUCACGGCCCCUCGGUGCGCAAGCUCUCCAAAAUUGCCACUCUCCUUCUGGCCAGAAACUAUAUAUUGAUGCUCAGUAAUUCUCUGGAAGAAAUGAAGCGCCUGGUCAGUGAGAUCUACGGAGGCGGUCACCACAGCGGGUUCCACCCAUCAGCGUGUGGGACCCUGUCACACACUGGUCCUUUGCCGGGUCACCCUGCCGUUUCCCACGCAUCUCACCCGGUUCACCACCCGCUCCUCCCACCGGCAGUGUCUACCGCUUCUCUUUCUGCGCCCGGUAUUUCAGCCGUCACUUCGGUCAGACCUCACCACGGACUGCUGAAAGCGCCCUCCGCGAGCGCGGGUCCUCUGGGCAGCAGUUUCCAACACUGGGGCGCAGGGAUGCCCUGCCCGUGCAGCAUGUGCCAGGCGCCUCCUCCACACGUCUCUGGCAUGAGCGCGGUCAGCAUCCCGAGGCUCGCCACUGACUCCAAAUAACUCCAAAAAAUUUACUGUAAACGAGAGAUAGAGGAAAAAAACGAACUGCCUUGUAUCCCUUUGUUUAGGUGAUACGCCUGAUGUAGAACUUUCUAACAAUUUAGCUGGCUUAGUUUGCAGAAGUCUGGUGUUCCCUUUUCUCUCUAAUUUUUUUGUUCAAUUAUUAUGUACUGUCAAGGGAAAAGAAACUGUAUUGUUUUAUAUAUUUUAUUAUAUAUAUUUUUCAAUUUCAAUGACCUUAUGCAACAUCAAACAUGGAAUAUUUAGCCCGACUGAAUCACGGCAUCAACCACUGAAAUAAUAUAUUAGGCCGCGUGAGCAUUUACUGUUUGAUGUACUCGCUUAUUUGUAAAUUACUUUGUGCAUAUUUCAUCUUGAUAGAAUCUCAUAUGGUUCGGAUAACAAUUUUUUUUAAAUGAUAUAAAGUGAUAUUCUAGUUGGAUUCGAUUGUGUUUAGCGACUGGUAAUCCAAAAAUGGAAGGAACAAAACUUCCCUCCCCAAUAACAUGACUGAAACGGUUAUGUCUGCUGUGUAAAUAUUUAGAGCCAGAAUUCUGCUUAUUUAGUAUGGGAGAUUAUCUAUUAGAACGGCCACUGUUGAUGUGUUUCUGGUGAUUUUUUCGAUCUUUUAUCUUAGUUAUGCUUCUCAACUCGCCGUCCAACUCACUGAUGUCACGCUAGCUGUAUCGCAAGCGCUCUGCACAUUCUGUCCUGUGUCUCCCCAUGUCCCCACGAAUGUUUAUUUAAUGUCUUCCGAGCUAAUCCACAGCCACUGCCUGUAUGGAGUUUACCCACUCUUCCAUUUGAUAGUGUUUUCCACAAGCAUGCUACUGUCACUGCCUGAUGAAAAGAACGAUUGCCUCUUUAUUUUUGUAUAAAAGUGUUAAAUGAUAUUUAUUUACUUAUUUCGCUGGAAUUUUAAACGAAUGAGUGAGAUGUUGGGAUUUUAAAUGUAAAUAAAAAUCUAACUAAUGGUCUAA